AGUUCGAAAUUUGAGUUUUGACAAGAUGAGAAUCGUGUCAGCUCCUUUACUGACUCGGCAUCUUUCUAAAUAUUUGCUCUGAGAGCACAAAACAAGAAUGGCAAAAACUUUGCAUCAAAGAGCGCUGUCGCGAGUGCUAUGUCAUCAUCUCUUGCCCCGGGCCUUUGUCUCCUCCUCUUCCAAGAUGGCGAAUGAAUCGGUACAAAAGAAGCUCGAACCUUUUCCGCAUUUCGGUACCUUAGCGAUUCAUGCUGGCCAAGAACCCGAGCAAUGGAAUUCAAGGGCAGUUGUACCGCCGAUCUCAAUGUCCACGACGUUUAAACAAGAUGCCCCUGGGGUUUAUCGAGGAUUUGACUACUCGCGAUCUGGAAACCCAACAAGGAAUUGUUUUGAGGCGUGCGUGGCGGCUCUAGAGGGCGCGAAACAUGGUGAGAAGUUAAAAUAAUUAGCUAAUACGCCACGUGUUAUUCUAAAUUUAAUUGCAGGGAUAAUAAUUGUUGCUAUUUUAUUAUUAGGUACCAACAGGUAUUUUUCAAGAGUGGUUGCCACACAGAUGGGAAUAGAAAUAUCAUUUGUAGAUGCCACUGAUUUGAGUAAACUAAAGAGUGCUAUCAAACCAAACACCAAGAUGGUGUGGAUUGAGACACCAACUAACCCUUUACUGAAACUUGCUGACAUUCAAGGAGCUGCAGACAUAGUCCACCAACAUGAGGGAGUGUUUUUAGUGGUGGACAACACAUUCAUGUCAUCAUAUUUCCAGAGACCUUUGUCUCUUGGGGCCGAUUUUGUCAUGCACUCAGUCACAAAGUAUAUGAAUGGUCAUUCUGACACUGUAAUGGGAGUGAUUUGCACCAAUAAUGAAGAACUCUGCAACAGGCUGAGGUUUCUGCAGAACUCUAUUGGUCCAGUCCCUAGUCCUUUUGACUGCUACCUUGCUAACCGUGGGCUUAAGACUCUUCAUCUACGCAUGCGGCAACAUCAAGUCAAUGCUAUGGCUGUGGCUAAAUUUCUGGAGCAGAACCCCAGGGUGGAGAAGGUGGUGUAUCCAGGUCUGGAAUCUUUUCCCCAGCAUGAACUUGCUAAAAGACAGAUGACAGGCUUUGGUGGAAUGGUGACCUUUUUCAUCAAGGGAGAUAUAGAGAAUGCCAAACAAUUUUUCAAAUCAUCUGAGUUAUUUACUCUUGCUGAGAGUCUUGGUGGUUUUGAGAGCCUGACAGAAUUACCGGCGAUCAUGACUCAUGCAUCUGUUCCAAAAGAUCAGAGAAUAGCAUUAGGAAUAUCAGACACUCUGAUUCGUUUGUCUGUGGGACUUGAAGAUACUGAAGACUUGAUUGAGGAUUUGGACAAGGCACUCAAAGAAGCAGUACCAGAUUCUCUUCUUCAGGGAAAAUAAUAAAUACAAAAUUGGAAUGACAAUUAAAGGUUUCUCAAGAGGUCUGACCAGUUGCAUCUGAUAUUUUUAAAUGCAAUAAAAAAUGGUUGCAUGAA